AUGGGGGAUAUUUGGAAGAAAUAUUUCUUCAAAUAUUUGAGAGUGGAUGCCAUUUUUGAAGCUUUAGUCGAAGAGUGGCUAGGUCUGGAGGAGGAUCAGAUCCGUGCUAAGGAGCAGGAAUUUCUUGUUGAGUUGAAUCAACCCCCUUCAACAGAGGCCCCUAUUCCACCAAUAGUGGCAUCUAGUUCUCAAGCAGCUCCUGAAAUAACCUCUCCUGCUCCUUCUCCAAUCAUAGAGCUUACCUCUCCUGUAACCUCAGAGAAGUCUCUCAUGGCCGCCCCUACCUCUGCUCCAACCAAAAAAUGCCCGGGGCGCAAACUGACCCUGGCUCCCUCUCCUAAAAGAAGAGUCAUUUCUUCCUCUGACAACCUUGUGAAUAUUCCUCCUUCCUCUUCUGAGCCUACGUUAUCCACUCUUUACCCUACUCUAACUUUUUCUCCAAUUUCAAUUCCUUUGGACCAAUCUACUCAGGGUGACACCUCUACUUUCGUUAUGUCAUUCCCUGAACAAUUUUCUCUGCCUUCCCAAGAAGCUUCUUAUUUGAUUUUUGCUCCCCCUUCCAUCCAAACUUCCUUGUCCUCCGCCUCUUCUUCCUCUUUUCUACUCCCUAUAUUAUUGGGAGGAUCUUUUACUACUUCUUGGGAGGAGACUCGUCCACUAAUUGAAGGACUUACUCCCUCCGAAUUAGUUGAUAGAUUUUCCCUUGAUGAGACUAAGCGCUGGGUUGCCAACAUGAGCAUUGCUCGGUUGAUAUAUGAUCUAAGCUGGGAGAACGAGAGGUUGAAGAAACAAGUCUCUGAGACAUCUGUUGCCCGAGUCACUGAGAAAAUAAGUAGUCUCUCCACCCAAUUACAAGAAGCUAAAGAGAGAUUAAGCCAACGUGAGGUCAAAAUCGAGAUCCUCCCAUCUCAAAUUCAUUCAGCUACUAGCCUUAGUGAUGAAUUACCCCUUAAGCUAGAAAAGCAUAUUGCGGAAACCAACCAGUUAUCUUCCCAGUUAUCAUCACUGAAAGUUAGCCAUGAGACUGAAUUAGCUGAUAAGCUUUCAGCAUUGAGCAUCAAAGAUAAAGAAAUAGCCUCUUUGAAUGCAUCCCUGACUACAACCAAGACAGAUGCUUCUACCAAAGAGGUUGAGCUAAAGGCAUCUCAAGAGGAAUUAGUUACUUAUCAGGCUGGUGAGGUCGAUGCUCUUCUCCCAGCUCUUAUGUAUAAAAAUGCAGCACUGAAUAAAUCAUCAUUGAAUAAGUUGGGAGAGGAAUUAUUACAGGCUUGUCAGUCCAACCCGACCAUUUCAACUCUUGGCUUGCUCUCUCCUGAUGAACCAAUUGAAGGGCUUUCUACUUCUUCAGAGGAGGAAAGACCGUUUGUCGUCAAGAGUAAGAGGCCGAAGAUCACUAGGGACACUCCCCUUGGGGAUACUUUUGCUACUCUUGAACAGGUCCCCAUUGUUCCCUGUGAGAUUUCUUGUGUGAGAGUUACCUCUGCUCCUGAAACGAUUCCUGAUGUGUCUACGUCUCUUCUGCUUCUUCCUCCAGUUUUUGCUUCUUCUUCAUCUAGAGAAAGAGCCAAGAGGACCCCCUGCAGGAGAUCCUCUAUCUCUUCUCCUUUAAGUGCUCCCACUGGAUCAUGUCCGAACCCCACGACUUCUAUCUUAGCCACUUCGAUUCCUUCUCCUUCACUGGCUGUUUUCCCUAGUUCCACUCCUCUUCCUUCCUCCUCUAUAGGGCCUUCAACUUCUACUCUUCCUUCUUCUCUAUUUAAACAAGCUCAAGGAUUACCCUCCCAAUUGGGAAAGGCCUCUAUCUGUACUACUUAUGGCCUCCUUCAAUUACAAGGCCUCCUAGCUGAUUCCUGGCUACAAAGCCAGGCAUCCAUAAAGGGGACGAGUAUUUCUGACCGUGCUGACCAUCACAAUUGUCAGUUUAUUGCUACCAAAGAAGAUGAGAAAAAGACCUUGGAGCUACAAAUGGAUGGAUUAAAUUCUCAACUUCGAAUGGAAACUGCUUUAAAAGAAAAAUCCCUCUCGGAUGUCUCCUAUAAAGUCACUAUCCUAGAAAAGUUACAAAAACUUCACAAUGUCCUUUCUUCUGGACAAGCACAAGACUCCGCCUCAAAAGACUUUGCCUUGCUACAAGGACAGGAAUAA